AUGAGUGAGAGCGGCGGAGGCGCCGAGGGCUGCCGGGGGGAGCAGUAUGGCUGGGAUCACUCAGCUCACAAAAGGAAAAGACUCCCCCCAGUAAAAAAGUCUCUGGUGUACUAUCUGAAAGGCAGAGAGGUUCGGCUGCAGAAUGAAUCGAGCUACCACCGUUUGUUGCAUGGAUAUGCAGCACAGCAACUUCCCAGUCUCCUGAAAGAGAGAGAAUUUCAUCUUGGGACCCUUAAUAAAGUUUUUGCGUCUCAAUGGUUGAACCACCGACAAGUGGUGUGUGGGACAAAAUGCAACACACUGUUUGUGGUAGAUGUCCAGACUGGUCAAAUUACGAAGAUUCCUAUUCUGAAAGAUCGAGAACCUGAUAUGGUAAACCAGCAGGGCUGUGGGAUUCAUGCAAUUGAGCUAAACCCUUCGAGGACGCUCUUGGCUACAGGAGGAGACAAUCCAAAUAGCCUUGCGAUUUAUCGUCUGCCUACGCUUGAUCCCGUCUGUGUGGGAGAUGAUGGACACAAAGACUGGAUAUUUUCUAUUGCCUGGAUCAGUGAUACUUUGGCUGUUUCUGGUUCCCGGGAUGGCUCAAUGGGUCUCUGGGAGGUGACAGAAGAUGUGUUGACUAAAAGCGAUGCCAGGCACAACCUCUCUCGAGUCCCUGUCUAUGCUCACAUAACACACAGGGCUCUGAAAGAUAUCCCCAAAGAGAACACCAAUCCAGACAACUGUAAAGUCCGAGCACUGGCAUUCAACAAUAAGAACAAGGAGCUAGGAGCUGUGUCCCUGGAUGGGUACUUUCAUCUUUGGAAAGCAGAGCACACGCUAUCAAAGCUACUUUCCACCAAGUUGCCAUACUGCAGAGAGAAUGUGUGUCUGGCCUAUGGUCAGGAGUGGUCAGUGUAUGCAGUAGGAUCUCAGGCACAUGUCUCCUUUCUGGAUCCAAGGCAACCUUCCCACAGUGUUAAAUCCGUCUGUUCCAGAGAACGAGGCAGUGGAAUUCGGUCAGUGAGCUUUUAUGAGCACAUUAUCACAGUGGGAACAGGGCAGGGUUCCUUGUUGUUUUAUGACAUCCGAGCCCAAAGGUUCCUGGAUGAAAAGCCCAAUCACACCUGCCGUGGACAAAAACAGAAACUCGGAGGAAGUGAAAUUUUAAAGUUGACGACCGGGAAAGGCUGGCUUAAUCAUGAUGAAACCUGGAGGAAUUACUUUUCUGACAUUAACUUCUUCGCAAAUGCUGUUUACACCCACUGCUACGACUCGUCUGGAACGAAACUCUUCGUGGCAGGAGGUCCCCUUCCAUCAGGACUCCAUGGGAAUUACGCUGGUCUCUGGAGCUAAUGAGAACUCUUCCCAAAUGCCCAUAUUGACGCUGAUUUCCACCUUGUCUUUCCUUUUUUAACAAAGAAAUUGUGUGAUGACAUUGUUUUCUGGUUUAAAUGCAAGUUAUUUUGGGCAGAAUUUUUUCUGUUGGUCUUCAACAGUUUUGUACGUCUUUUUUUGAACCAGAUUUUGCUUUAACUUCCUUGAUCCUUUAUAUGAAGGGGUUUUUUAAAAUCCCGUUUUAUUGUAUUUACUCCAAGUGACUCUUCCCCGUAUAGGCUAACUCAGCCAUAUGCCCCCUACUUUGCUGUGCGGUAGGAUUCCUUUCUUAUAGAGUGGUUGCUGCCAGGCUUUCUGUGAAAGUCCAGGGGCUGUGUGUUUGCAGGUACUUUGUGUCAGUUAUGUUACCUGGAGUGAGGACUACUUGUAAUUAAAAAUAUUAAAAAUAUUUAUGAGAUAAGCUACUCCUUUAUCUGCAGAGCCUUGCUCAGGCCUGGCUUGAUUUUUUUUUAAAGUACAAGUCUAAUGACACUGUAUGCAUAAAGGAAAAUGUAUCGAAACCAUAUGCAUUGGAACCCAGGAACAGAGCACCACCGGGAACAUCUUAUCUAGCCCAGAGUGUAGCAAGGACCCCCAAACCUGGCAUCCCAACAGUGCAUGAGCAAAAUGACUGUCUCUUAUUACCCCUUCUCUUUCUAUCCUGAGUGUCAGUUGGCAAGGUUGUUGGAGCUUCAGAGUAGGCUGUCUGUACUGCAGUGGGGGUAUUGUGUGACAUGACAGCUGUUAGGAUGGUGGACUGCAGCCGAUUGGGGCACUAAGGGAAAUGACAUCCCAGGAGGAGACGGAUUUGCAUGGUGACUAACCUAAUUCAAUCUGAUUAACUUCCAGACUAGCUGGGGGUCCUUUGGGUGGCUGGGGCUGGAUGGUAGGGAGGAGCCAGGACUCAGAUACCUGGAGUCUGCCUAAAGACACACACACACCUCUUUCAGGCUGGAGACCUUUUUCCCCCCGCCUCUUGUAGCAUUUCCCCUCUUGCAGUUCUCCCACAAGCAGUGAGUAAUGUUGGCAGGAAUGGUUUUUGCUAGCCAGUUACUGCUAUUAAAGUUGAUGGGCAGGGAGAUGUUUUGCUAAUAUGUUGAUAUUUUUUUCCCUCUUGACCUUUGGAAGGAGGGUGGCAUAUGCAGUUGUUUGAUGCUAUUAGCAAAUACAGUUGUCUUCCUCUUUAAUGACUGUAGGCUUCAUUUUCUAAUGCAGGUUUGAAAUUUAUGAGGUAGCUAGACUCCGUGUUCAACUUUUAAUUUUAAGAAAAGCACAGGCUGUCACUUGGAUUUUAUAGGAGACUCUCUUCCCCCUCUGCCCCCCCCCCCCCCCCGAGCACCUGUUCAGUCCUGCUUUGGACUUCACCAGGAGCUGUGGGUGCAAGAUGACAGUCUGGAUACGCUUCGCAAACGCAAUACAGGCUCAGUCAUGGAGGGACUGUGCAUUUCUGAUGAGAAAAGAUGGGCUUGUGGCUAAAGCACAGGGUUAAGCAUUGGACUCGUUCUCUUCCUGGCUGUAGCUGCUGUUGCCCUGUCACUUCAUGUCUCUGUGCCUCACUGUGCAGAUCUGUAAUAUGAGGUUAAUAGCACACAUGGCACCUGAGGCUUAAUUUCUAACUUGAGAUUAUCAGACAAAAGACAUGGUAGAAGUGCAGGCAUUCCCCCCACAUUCUGAUUGCAUGUCAGGGUUAAGGAAAGGGUUGUCCCAUAUGCACACUGGGAUUUGAAGUAUAGGCCUGACUUGAUCACUUUGCAAACCAAGAAAUUUUACUAUGGCAUUCCAAAGUUCUGCUAGUGGGUUGGUUGCUUAAAAUCUGCAUCAAAGCAAAAAUUGAAAAUUAAAUAUGGUUUUAUUACGCCGUUUCCAAGUAGUAGCUGUUAAAUGAUAGGGCUGUAAAUGAAGUAGUUCUCUCAGAACUUCUGUUGUUAAAUGAAUGUAAAGAUUCUAAGUAUUUUUUAUACUGUCAUCAGUCACAGUUCCAUGAUGGGAACGUGUUGCUUUUGGGGUUUCUUCUAUGAAUGUUUGGCAGGGCAGAGAUGUAGCAUUUCACUCUGGUCAGAAAUAUGCAAAGGAAAAUAUUUAUUUAAUCUACAUGAAAUAUGGUGACACUUCAUCUCUGUGAAGGAGUAGUCUUAAAUCCAGUCUAAGAUCACUCUCUCUUGAUAUAUUGUGCGUUCUGUUGGGGUGUGUUUUAUUCCCAGGCAGGUCCUGUUGUUUGGGGUCAGAUUUGCAAAGGCACUGAGCACUCGGCUCCAGCUGACAUCUCUGAGAGCAGAGCUCAGCUGUGUUAAAGUUGGGUCCACAAUGUUUAAUAACAUUUUAAAUAAAUAUUUUUAAUGCUGAAGGAAGCCUUUUGGUCUUGAAAUCUAACUCCCUGUAUAGUUAAUCAUGUUAAUUUAAAACUCAUUUGUUUGUAACUUUGAGUCUUUGGGGAAAUUGUUCUCUCCAGGUGAUUUUGAGCAUUGUCCAAUGUAGAUGUGUUAGUGUUAAGGGGACACCAAUUUAAAAUUAGUCAGUUUCGUUGCGAGGGGAGGGGGAUGUGGAGAUGAUGUAGUUUCAAGUACUGCAUUUGCUCCUGAGCCUUCUGCCAGUGUGUGGUGUUGUAGUCCUACUGGUGACUGUUUCACGUUUUGGGGGGAACUUGUUCCCUUGCAUGGAAAGCCCACACAAACAAGGUAAAUGGAAUAUACAUCCAGUGCUGUCCAAUGCAAGAAGAAAACUGGGAAAUACUUUUAUCUUAGUAAUCGUGUGUUGCUUUUAACAGUAAUAGAUUAUAAAGUUUCAGACCAGUGUUUUAAGUAGCUGUCCCUUCAAGAUGGGAUGCCUAACUGUGAUGUGAUCCUGAGUAUCCAUAGUAAAGUAUUUCUUUUGAUCCAUUGAGCAGUUAUGGAAACAGAGGCUGGGAAGGGGAAGUGACUUGCCAAAUGUCUCGCAGUAAAUCAGAAGUAGAAACAGGAAAAGAACCUAGGUUUCCUGAUUGCUAGUCUAUGCCUGUUCCGUUGCACUAUGCUCCCUCGACCACACAGUUUUAGAUUUAAAAUUAAAAUACCAGAACAUGGCGGGGGGGAUAGUAGCAUGUGGGGAUCCAAAUAUGGAUCACUGGUUUGCUGGUACAGCAGUGGGGAGGCUGUGAGCCCAGCCAUGGAAGUUGGUGUGAAGGCAAAGCUCCCAUCUCUCAAGCAACAGUAGAGAAACCCUAUUGGGGGUGAAUAUGGCCUGACUAGAUUUCGAUAGCUUUAAAAUAGGGUACGGAAACCCAGUGGUGGUCUCACUUUGUUUGUUUGUAGACUAGCAAUUUUUCCAAGUGCUCAAAGUCAGAUAUCUUAAUGACCUUUUUUUUCCCCUCCCUUGGAGUUGCUUUGAGGGAAAAUAAGGUUCUUAAGGAUCAUUCAGACAGACCAGCAUUUUUCUAAUAUUUGACAUUAUAUUAACAUGGUAUCCUAUUUGCAUUGUAAUGUCUCAAGCAGUUUAUUUGAUCAUCCAGCACUUUUCAUAAGGCUGCUAUGCAAAGCAUGGCAUCCUUGAAGCAUCAUAUGCAUUUGUUCUAAUGUAGCAGAUUAAUUAUUUAACAGUGAUGGACCCAAUAGUAGCCAACUCAUGAAUACUGAGUGGCAACUCUACAGCAACUAGCCAGUGUGUUCAUGAUAAGAGAACCCAUUUCCAUUUUUUUCCUAAACUGUCCAGCUUUUUCCACUAUCAAGUUCAGCGUUAUUCCCCACACCAUUUUUCUAUUAACCCCUCCAACCUUAGUCCAUCAUCUCACAGUCUGUCCUGCCAGCAAAGGAAGCUUGACACAGCUCUCUGCAGCAUUGCUUUGAGGGAGCUAGAGGCCCGGUUAGACCAAGCAGCCUCCUAUUAGAGGCUGAGCAUGUUACCACCCCAGCUCAGGAGAGCCACAGACCAAGCACAAGUUUCAUUGAGAUUCAUAGUUUGUGUUAAUCGUGGGCCAGUUCCAGUGGUCCCAAAGAGUAUAUUUCUAAGCUAUUUAAAAAACCCGCUUGAGACUGGUCUAAUUCAACACCCAUUGAAGUCAAUGCAAAAAUACAUUAUCAUCAUAAUCCUUAACUGGUAGUUUUCAUACCUUCAGGACUGAGUCACUUCCAUCUAAAACUUGCUCACUGAGGUGCUGCUCUUAUGAGAAGUUUGUAGCUGCAAAGUCCCAGAGAAGAUGUGUAUUUUUCGCGCCCCUUCCCCCCGCCCUUUGGAGUGGUAUCAAAGAAGCUCUGAGAGUGACUCAUCCCAAUUUGCAUCUCCAUCUGACAAUGCUGUGUCUGUCAAAAGCAACUGCAGGUCUUUUAAAACAGAUCAAUUUAUUUUUUUCAGAUAGUCAUUGUGGAUUUGACAGCAGUUCAUGGAGUGUUGGUUUCACUGUGGCAUUGGUGGUCAGUUGCAUCACUCCCAUGCCCUAAUCUUGGGGCAGAGUAGGGGAGAGGGGAAAGUGUUCACGCUCUCCUCUAGGGCAGUUUGUGCAUGCUGUUCUCCUGGGUCUGCAAGUAGCAGCAUCAGCAGCAUAGGGGCAGGAAGGAGUGUGCACAGAAAGGAGGGCAGGUUUAGUGUUCCUCUCAGAACCACCCAGAAGUUCUAUUUAAAGGAGAAACUUGAUUUUUGUUAGUUAAAAAAAACAAAAAACAAAAAAAACGUAGGUUGAUAUUGGCCAUUUAUGUGGAAUCUAUUCUGGCUGUCUUCCAUGUGCUUGAAUUUAUUGCUUGGGAAUUAGGUAAUUCUUGUAGCUUCAUCUGUGCUGGGUCUCCUCAUCAAAAUUGGAUACUUAAAAAUCCUGUAGUGGAUACUUAAAAAAACAAAAAAAACCCACAGUGUUUUCAAGAGUUGUCUGAGUAGAACCUGGUCUGUUUUGUCCCUAGACUCCAGAGGCCGUCAGAAGCCAUUUUUCAACCAACUCUCUUCUAGCUGCAUGCUGGGACCUGAAGUUCUGUGGGCCAUUCAUACGUAAAACAAAAGUGCUGUGUCUGGCUGAGUUGUAGGCUGCAUCUGACCAUCUGGGUAAACGGUAUUGACCGUAUACAAAUUGCCACAGUAAUGGACUGAAAUAAAAUAAGGGGCUAUGUAAAACACUUGGAGACAUGUACAGUAUCCUGUCCGUACCCCUUCAAACACUGAUUCUCUGCUCUCAAAACUAAUAUCUUGGAGAUAGCUCAUGAUUUUUAGAAUCUGCUUUUCUAUAGAUAUCCCUAAUUAGAAGGGAAAUUUCAGGUCCUGAAUCUUAAAUCUCAUUGAACUUGUACUUUUUGUUUAUCUGCUCCCCUGGUUUCCUCUCCUAUUACGGCCUCCUGCAGUCUCAGGGUAUAUAAAUCACUAUGAUUCAUCCAAAUAACGAAAAGGACCAAUCAGAGGUUAACGUGCCUUUCUCUUAUGGUACCUUGAUCUUUGCAAAGUUAUCUGGCGGAAACUCAUCAUUGUCUUUUUCUAAGAUGUAAACAGUGAAGUUGCAACAAGUUUGUAUUGUUAGUUGUGACUUUCUUCAUUUGACAUUCAAGAAUAUGGGAUAGACACAUCAAGUGCACUGAUUUUUGUCUUGGGAUGGGUCCUUGUACAGACAUCAGUGUUUACAUGUUUGGUAAUAUGUACAUAAGAUGCUGGAUCUUCUCCACUUGCCUAUGAUAUGUGUCAAUAUAUAUGAUGCACAAACUACACAGGAUGUUUAAAAUAUGUGGGGAUCACGACUUGUGACUUGGGGUUAGGAUGUCUUAAAGUGAACUGUAGUUCUUUUAAAAUGUUUUUCCACAUAGACUACACUUCAUAGACUUAAAACGUCGAGUGCAUUGAAAAUAUCAUGACUUCUGUCACUUGCCUGCUUCCAUUUUAAAUUCAGGACCCAAUGUUUCUUUGGCAUAUGUGGCUAUUGUGUGCAUGCAUGCACAAAAAUUUUUUCGGUAUAGUUUAUAGCCUCAACUAUUUUGAUACAGUGCAGACUCUUGAACUUGCACGUAAGCAGUUAAGCAAAGGGAGUAGAGGUUUUUCAAAUGUUCUGUAGUUCAUGUGUUUAACUUGAGGGCUAAAUGAUUAAAACUGUCCAUGCAGUUUGCAAAUUAAACAAUGGAAAGUUGCAGAUUGAAUGCAGAAACCAGCUGAUUUGUAUAUGCAGCUCAGUGUCUAGAAAGUUAUCCUGUAAACAGCUGUUCUUCUCUGAAAAGUGACUUCAAAAAUAAAAAGGCUUUGUGGGGUUGGUUGUUUCUCAGUGACUUCCAAUGUGCUGAAUUUGAAUACAAAAAUUACUUUCCUAACUGCCCUGCAAAUUUAAUAUGAUCUGAAGUUCAAGCUGGGUUACUUCUCGAGUAUCACCAAUCCCACUGCCUUCAGUGAGCUUGUAAAUGAGUCACUGAUUGGAACUUUAGCACAAUAUUCCUCUGGCUCAGUAGAAUUUGAUUCAGUCACUUCCUCUUUUCUGUUAGCCCUACAAAGCCAACACAACUGUGUCAAUGUACGGUCAUUAGUCUCUGGAUAUAAUGUGCACAUACCUAAAACGGAGUAACCUAGAGAUCUUACUUAGUGUAGUAUUUAGCCCUACUUACCUUCAUUAGAUCCUACUGAGCAGACCUAAUCUGAUUUGUUUUCUGGUUUGUAAUCUUUAAUGGUUUAACUCUUUUUUUUUUUUUUUUUUUUUUCUCCAUUCUUUCCAGUUCACCUUUAAGAAUAAAUUCCAAGUUUUUGUCUGGUCUGAAAAAAUUCAAAUAGUUUGUACUGAAAGUUGUACAAAAAUACUGGUGGCCCUUGGGUAGAAAGACCACUCUGUGCUCCGUCGUAAACCUGUUGCUACCUACCUGCAUGUGAAAUGACAAUUCUUGCUUUUUGGUAACCUCUACAGAAGCUGAAAUUCCAACAUCCAGAUUUCAUAACACAGUGGUCAGUAAGGUGGGAAGUGAUGGCCCACUGCCUGCAAUCAGAACAGCAGGGGAACAGCUAACAAUAUUGUCAUUCCACUUCAGAGUUAACACCCCAUUGGAGUACUGGGGGGCUACAUAACACUUCCAGGCUGAUUGCUGGUUCCUUCUGGUUACAGCACAGGGCUUUCUUCACAACUGUAAUGGCUAGAAUUACUUGAUUUAUUAAAGGCAGUUUCCUGCAGUAAUUAAUGGGGGGGAGACAGUGCUGCUGGACUGUAUGGUUAAGUGGCAGACACGUAUUGCACCAUUUGUCCAAGGGGAAUUCCACGGGCCUGUUACUUUAGAAGACAAGUAGCUAUUUUAAUACACUUGAACAAUGGAGGCCUAGGGGUUCGGCUGCAGAUCUUCAUCAUCCCUUAUCUGACAGUCGAUUACACCUGGAGCUUGCCUGUGGAAACGGCUGGUCUUCUAUCUUCAGAGAUGCCAUGUGAAGAUAGUGCAGGGAAGCACCUGUUUCUUCUUUGAUUGUCAUCAGCCUGCAACCCACCCCUUCGUCCCCAGGCUCCUACUGCACUCAAACUUUCCAGGAUUUUUCCUGACUUAGGAAACAGCUUCAUUUCUGGGGUGCUCAGGGGCAGCACUCUUUCCACUGCUGGCGGGCCAUAGUGAAGAGGGCCCUUGUUUGUGGCUUCCCCCAUUUGGCUCUACCUAUUGAUCCCGCAUUACCUGUGGGUACAGGGGGUGUAGAAUUCCAGUUGAGUCUUGCUGCUUCCCCAGGAUUCACAGAACGCAGCAGGCACUGAUCCCCUUGCUCCAUUUUCCUGCUCACAAAACAGCCUGCACUAGGCUCUGUCCCUCUUGUUCUUCCACAAGCUUUGUCUCCAUCAUUCAGCCUUUUGUCCCAGUCGCUCUUCUGUGGACUCCAGUGUGUUCCAUUGUGGCUUGCUAACUUGGGCAAAUCCCCGGGGCAUGUGCUUACGUCUUGCUGAAGCUGAUGAGACUUAAGCACCUACUUCAAGCCCUUAUGUACUUUGCUGGAUCAGAACUUCUACAGUUUUGAUUCCCUCCUUUCUCUUCCUCUCCCUUCCCCUUCCCCAGCCCUGGAUAUUUCCCUAAAUUGGUCUCCUCUGAUCUGGAGGGCUGUGCUCCCCACUCAUUCCUGCUCUGUAAACCAAUUAAUUCCUGCACUGCUGGCUAUCUAAACCUGGUUGUUUUUACUUUCCACCUUCUUGUUCUGGGGAUCACUGCACAUGUACAAUCUCCACUGAUUCCCAUCCUCAGCUCUCCUGACAUGCUUUUGGGACCUACCCUGUGAGGCAUUGAGGUUACACUUUUCCAUUGUGUGCAGAAGAAAACAAGCCGGGGGAGAGGGAGGAGACAGGCUUUGUAUACAGAGAACUGGAAAGGUACCUCUAGUUCAAGUAGAUGAGGGAGCAGUUUAAAUUCAUCUUAAUGGAAUUAGAACAGAGUUCCUGACUUUUGUUUAAAUCACUUCCACUGGAGGUUCAUGGCUCAGAUUCCAAAUUCACUGAAUGUUGCAAUGUACAUCAAGGUUAUUUUUGAUCAAUGCAAAAUGUGCCUCUUGGAUUUCCUUAGGUAUAAUGUAAAGGUCAGCCUGUUUCACUUUGUGUCUUCAAAGCAAGGAGUUUAGCUGAAGACUGAUUUUAAUAUGCGAUUCCUGCUAUUCAAUGCUAACAUCCAUAGAGCAAUCCUCGCUGGUCUUUCUUGAGCAGCAUGCAAUGUUCCCUCGCUGUUUGAAUGCAAAAAAGGGGCUAUCAAUAACAAAUGGAAUCUGCUGGGCUUUCCUUGUGUUAAGGAGAUGGUUUAAGUUAAGGUUCCAUGUGUUUUUAUUAAUUUUAAAUCCACUGCAGUUACUCUACAGAUCCAGCACCGCUUUCUUUCUCUACUCUAAUGUGGGAUCGCAAAAAUAUGAAUCCAGCAACAUGUGAUCCCAGCUGGCUUGCUUGCAUAUAUAUUUUUUUUUUUUUGUAGGAUGAGGUGUUUUCUUGUGUGGAAGAAUUCAAACUGGCUGCAAAGAUUUGGUGACUGUCCCAUGUCAGCUUCCUAAAUGCAGUUGAGUGUUUUAGACUUCUCUUCAGAAUAGAAGAGGAGAGCCGGUGAAGAUGGGCUGUUAACUGUGACUGCUUUAGGUCAUGAGUGUGUUGCCUGAUCAUAUGGACAGCAUAAUGAAGUUUGGUUUGCAAGUUGACUUUCUUGUAUCGAUCAAGGAACAAAACUCUUAAUUCCUGGUUUGGGGAGAUUUGUUAGCAGAUUUAUUUCCAAAUCAAAUAGAGAUGUUAAUUUUCAAUCUCGCAUUAACCGGGUUACUGUGUCCACAUGCUAGAAAGAUCUUGCUCUUGGAAAAAGCAUGUUAGUGUAUGUGGCAAUGACCAAUGCACUUUUUAAUACAUAGAUCUGUAUGUUCUCAUCUGAGUGUUAACCAUUCUGUAGUCUGACAAAUGGAUCUUUUACUACUGCCCUGUUAUAUAGAAUAAUUGUAACUAACUGCAGUUUGUUUUUUCCACUACUUGAAGUUGUGUGAUCUGAAAUUGGUGAACAAAAGUAUUUGUGCAUCUUAAUAUGGAUAUCUCCUAAAUAAAACGUAUUUGUAUAGUGUU